AGAUGUCGAUGUGGUCGAAAGCAUAGGUAAAAGGUUUAGCCACGGGUUUAGCCAAGGAGUUUUUCAAAGAAAGAUGUUCACUUUCUUCAAAUCAAAUCAAAGGAUCGACAGUUCCCAGGGGGAAGGCUCCCAGGAAGAGACGUCGGUCCGUUCUUAAAUAUAUUUUGACAAAACGCCGAAAGAGCAACGAACUCCCACAAAGAGCGUUGUCAUGGCAACGAUGCACCAAACAUUGGGUGGCUGGUGGGAUGAAAACAGAAAGUCGCGGUCUCCGGUAGCCCCACAGCCAGAGCCAGUCGUGUCGGCUGUCGGCAGGGUUGCACAGAACACAGGUACGGUUGCCUACAAGAUUAUAUAUUGGAACUGGCUAGUUCUCAAACCAACGUAACGAAAUGAUGUCAUGAAAACAAAAUUGAUUAGUAAGCCAGAUUGAAUGAUAUUACAUUUGACAAGAAUGCUAUUAAUCGGAAGACAUAGGACACUAAAUGUGUGGAGAUUAUUGCUCAUGGGGCUUUUCAGCUCAUCAGGAUGUGGAUCUCUGCCUCCGUUAGCUCUGGAAGUAUCUAAUAACAAUUCAACUCUUGUGAUAAGGCAUAAGCGUCAAGAAACAGCAGAAUUAUGCGAUUUUGGAUCGGAGACAGAUUUAAGUUCGUGUGAAUGGACGAAUCGAAAUGGCUCCAUCCUAAGAUGGGAACUGGGAGCUGGGACUCUUUCCAACUGGCUUGGAGGCCCAACCAAAGAUGCUAGUGGAACGGAAGAUGCGGAUAAGGGUGGAUAUAUCUUUUUCGAGACAUCACUGCUUGCAGCCCCUGUAUUGAGGGUUGAUGACAUAACAAUACGCGAAGGACAAAAUGCUUACAUCGAAAGUAAUAGUUUAGGAACAACCGGAGCUGAAGGAAAAUGCGUGGGAUUCAAUUUUGCAAUUGAUGGUCUAAGUGCAUCAGGCUUGAGAGUGAUACUUCAACCUGUGAACAAAGAGGGGAAGCCUGAAUCGUUUUUCAGAGUCCUAUGGGGGACCAAAGAUCCGACCAAUAAAAUGUGGAUGAGAUCUGAGGUUUUGUACACUUACAACAAAGAUCACCAGAUUGUAUUUGAAGGUAUACCGAAGGAGCUACCCGAUCCUUACCGGAAAUACAGAGGCUAUGUGGCUGUUGACAAUAUUGUUCUGAAGCCGGGAUCAGAAUGUAAAGGCCAUUGCACGUUUGAGGGCCCCUCGUUUUGUGGCUGGACUAAUGAUGAGAAUGAUGAUUUUGAUUGGUCUCUGGGACGAGGCAGCAGGAAUCCAUCAACUGGUCCUGCCACCGACCGAUCCAGUUUUAUUUACGGUGGCAUGGAGGGUGAACGCCAGGAGAGAGAAAUAUGGAGCUUAUCUGGAGAAGCUGGAAAUGCAUGGUAUCAAGCCGAAGUUCCCGUAUCAUCAUCAAAUUCUUUCAGGAUUGUCUUAGUUGGAAAAGUAGGUAGAAACAAUUUAGGUGAUAUUGCUGUUGAUGAUGUGUCUCUCACGCCCGGAAGUUGUCCAACUGCUCCUCAAAUAGCCGCACCCGGAUCAGGUGAUUGUACUUUUGAAGUUGAUGAAUGUGGAUGGAGCAAUAUAAUGUCGAGAGAGAGGUUGGAUGAUAUAGACUGGGAACGUACGUCUGGACAAUCAUUGCGUACUUCAACGCAUGACCACACUCUUGGAUCUGAAAAAGGUUAUCUGAUGACACUGGCAAGAAGCACAGUACAAAGACCAGGCAGUAGAGCUUGGUUCACAUCAAGAGAUCUGAAACAGGGCACAGGACCCCGUUGUCUUUCCUUCUGGUUUAUAAUGAACGAGCCUUUUAUAGAUAAUACAGGACCAAGUUUGGGAGCACUGACAGUUUAUGUGAAGGCCUCAGAUAAGGAAGGAGGAGCCUUGAAACCAGUGUGGAGGCUAUAUAAUCAUCAAGGUCCUGAAUGGCAGUAUGCCCAAGCAUCUAUAAAAAGUCCAGGGGACAUGAUUAUUAUUGAAGGUAUUUGGGGAUCUAGUAGAGCUAAUGGUUUCAUUGCUUUUGAUGACAUAACAUUUUUUGGAGGAUCCUGUACAACAAUUCCUGAUGGAGCAUUUGUUAGAACUGGCGAAUGUCGAUUUGAAAGGAAUAUGUGCGAUUGGACAAAUGGAACUGAUAAGUCACUUGUUUCAUGGAGACUUGCCACAGUUUCUAGAAGGCCUGCCAAUCUUCCCGACAAAACUUUCGGAGCUCCAGAUGGCUAUGUUUACUACGAUCUAUUCAACCAAAUUUUGGGGAACAAUAUGGUUCAGCUUGUAUCACCCACCAUUACAUCGGAAAACGGUGGACAGCUUUGCUUUUCGUUUUGGUAUGCAGCCUUUGGCGCUGGAGAAUCAGCAUUAAUGCAAAUUAUAAGACAUGACAAUUCUUCUGGGGAGCCUCAACCUGAUAAGGUUUGGAGUUUGGAAGCUAAAAACAUGGAUACCACUCGACCAACCUGGUUGCCAGCUCAGGUGACAUUGGACUCAACAUCAGAGUUCAGAAUUAUUAUUGAAGGCCAGGCCACAAACGGAGGAUUUGCUUUGGAUGACUUUUCUUUCUCUCCAGGAUCUUGUCCCACACGACCGGAAAAAGCAGAAAUCAGCAAUCAAGAUGGACAGUGAAUUAUGUAACAAAUUAUUAUCUUCUGCCUCCAUUGAAUAAUGCUUGUACUGCAAUACAACACAUUUCUGGGUUGUUAUGUGUAGAAAAGAUCAAUAGUGAUAUCAUAAUUUAAUUUAAUAAUGUAAUUAUAUGAUCAGUGUAGAAUAAUGGAACAAAAAUCUGAUUCAGCACACACACUAUUUUCCUUGGCCUUGAAAUUGUUCUUAGCAUUAAUGGGCAGGACUAAGAUAGUUUGCUAGAUUUGCUGAUGUCUGUAUGAAAACUGGCUGAUGGUGGCUGAUGUGUCGAGCUGAAAACUGUAUCAAAUGAAGCAGUAAAGACUGCAAAUAAUUGUUAAGAAAGCUAUACGGUAACACCCUAGUCCAAAUUAUAGACAAAAUAAAUUCUGUAAAACUGAGAAUAUGCUAUGCUGAAAGGAAAGCAAAGAAAAAUUAAGUUCAUUGUUCCAAUCUAUCGAAUCAUUUGUUAAAGAAAGCUAAAUUCUCCUCAAUAUAUCAGUUUUGAAUGAAAUAUCAGAUCAUUGAUGUUCCCUCCAAGCUGGCUUUACAAAAAAAACUCGAAGACUUGAGUUCAUUCUCAUGUAUUAAAAAUUUGUUUGAAAUUGGGAAAUUUGUUCAAGACAGCUUUCCUCUGAAACUUGAAGUGGAGCUUUUUCAGUUGAACUGUGAUUCAGACCUUGCAUAAUGAAACAAUUGCUUUCUCAUUGGCCUGUUAUGCACCGGUAAUGAUGAACCCAAAUCUACAAUCCGUGUACAUAUUUCCAAUCACUAUCCUCCAUAAAAUUUAUCAGAUAGCACCAGCCAUUAUCAAUACCAAAUUCUAUUAUGUUUUAAGCAGAAUGCUUGGAUUGAACAGUGACGGUGACACUCCAUUACAAUUCCUAUAUCACCCCAUGACAUACCUUCUUAUUUUGUUUCUCAAUCCAAGUUCAACCUCCACUCCGCCACAAGUCGGUAACACUAUAGGAGUCCUGUAAUGGUAGCCACUCUACCCAAGCUACCCGCUCUUCAAUACUACACUAAUGGCCCUGGUGUCACCGGGCAAUUAUACAAUUUUUCUCCCAAUAAGGUAUUCCAACCAUCACCUCAGUCAAUCGCCGUCGUCAAAGAAAGCGCUCCCCCACAAGAAAUCAUAUUGUUUAUAGCUUGAACUACUAUUUCCAGUGUUGUACAUGCUCUUUGAUAACUUGAGUAAUAGAAUUUUCAAAACUAUAUUAUACCUCUAGUCAUCUCAAGUAUUUUCAGAAUGUCUCAUCUGAAAUGUUUUGGUGUUUUAAAAGCGAAAUAAUACCGUAUAGUUUGUAGCUGGAACUACAAUGAUUAAUUUGAAUUGUGCAUGAACUUGUCUAAUAUUAUAAUAAUCUUCUCAUCUACCAUUCACAAUGUAAACAUUAAACAUUAAUAGAACUGCAAAAUGUUGAAAGGAAUUUGUAAUCUCCAGUAUUUUCAAAAUGAUUCAUCAGGUGUUCUGUUCUGUUGGAAAGCGAAAUCAUGUUGUUUGUAGCUAGAAUCACUGCACUAGAAAAAUGUGUAUAAAAAUAGAUCUCAAGCCAUGAGUGUUAAUUAUAAAAAAAUAGCUCCAUAAAUAAGUACUUAGUGAGGGUUGGAUGGUGGGGUUGACCGCGGUGGUCCACCACCAAAACCUUUCCCAAAAUGAGGGUGGAGGCCGAUAUGUUCCACAACUCCCUCACCUAAUUCCUAUCAGAGUUCUGUUCAUGUCAGGUCACGAACUUUGCUCCAGGAAACUAUAUUUCGAAGAUUCCUUAAUAAUUUUAAACCAACGGUAAAGGAUAGAUUAUAUCGGGUGAGAAGUUGUCUGUAAUCUGUUCUAUUAAACUUUAUACAAUCAUACAACUUUGUAGAUACUAAAACAUUAAAACAUAUAUAGAACUCAAUUAUUACUGUACAUUUGGGGAGUAAUGUUGGCUUGUAGACUAACCAUAAAAAUUGUUCUUGAAAAAAUUGGGGGAAACUUUCUCUGAAAAGACGGAUUUUUUUGAAUUUUGUAAUAAUUUUCAGCAGACUACUACAAGUUGUUAUUUAUGUUUAUCAUUGGAACAAUAACUGUUUAUUAUUGUAGGUCAACAAUAGUCUGGUAACUUCUAUUUACCAUUAAAAUACAUUCUAUAAUAAUUUGUGGUAAUAAUAAUUAUUGAAGUUUUAAUUCCAUCAAUGGCAACUACUAUCUACUGUACUAGAAUUAUAACAAUAUUCUAUUUUAGAGAAUGGAGGAUAAAUAUAUUGACAUAUCUCAAAUAUCCAAUACAGAAUACAAAUACGAUAAGUAGUAUCAAGUACCGUAAAAUAUCAUGAAUCAGUUGAUUUUAAUAAUUGAAGAGAAGACUGCGGCCAUUUGAUCUCUUACUUUAAAAUAAAAUCCUAUAUUUCAUCAUAUAGUUACCAUUUUGUUUUCCCAUAUAUUCUUCCACAUACUUUGGUUUGAUCUUCAAUAAACAAUAUUCGUGAAGUAGAAAUAAUUAUUUAAAAUGUGGCCAUGCCCUUACCCCUGCUCACUUUUAUUGGAGUAAAAUAUAAUCCCUUAUAUUCCACAGUAUUGUUACCAAUUAUUAUUUGCCGAAGAAUUCUUCCAUAUCUUCAAUCGUUAAGUUAUAUUGAAACACUUGGUGUAUAACUGGAAAACAAUACAAUGAGGAUGCUUUUUUCUUCUGUUACUUACUAUUCAGUAAAAUACUUGAAUAACUUCUGAGCUCUACAAUCCAUCACAGGCGUUCAACCGUAUUAGCCUACAAUAGGUCUUUGAAUAAAUUAUAAAUAAGUACAACCCUUAGAAAGCCUAGCCUUGUAAAGCUAUUGGCUAAAAUGGUGAUAUCACGUAGUUUUUACUCCAUAUAAGGCUCUCGAGGUGCUGGAAUAUUGUGAGACUUUCGAUAUGAACAAGUUUUUUUUGUAGAUCAUCUGUAAACUAGACUUCCGGUUUUAUUUGACUACAUUACCUACUAUAUUCAAAAAGUGUGUCUUUGAUGUCAAAACAUCUUUUGAUGCUGAGAAAAUUUUACUACAACGCUUUGAAUAUGAAAUUUUAAAUUAAAAUAUUCAUAAUAUAAAAACAUAUGGUAUUGACGUUUGUAUACUCAAUCUGUUAUCGGCGAGCUUAUAAUAUGAAAAAAAUGUAAAAGGUUUAUAAAAAAUGUAUAGAAUCUAUCAAUUUCUAUUUAUCUUAAAUAGUGUAGUAUUUCAAUAGGCUAUUCAAGAAAAUUGCUUCCAACAUCUAGUCAAAGAUGUGUGAAAAUUACCAAUAUUACUAUUAUAUCAUAUUUGUACUGUUUCUAGAUUAAAAUGUUUUCUUUGAUGAUUAAAAA